CGCGGUAGGCGGUAGAGAGCCUCUAGGCGGCGGUGGCUUUGGUUUACUCCGUUUGAAACAGAAGUUUGAAUUAUUUCGGGGGGUUCCGGCCGCAAUUUGUGUGAUUUUGAGCCGAUGGGGCUGACUUGCAGUGUAAUGCACCUGUGAGACGCGGGCUGGAGCGGGCGGGAGGACGCGGGACCGCGGAAAUACGGCGUCAGCUCGAUACGCUAAAAAAGCAAUUAAAUUUUAUGACCCUGUGAGUUGUUGUGUCUGCAGCCGUCUUAACCUGCAGGCCACAAUGCUGGGAAAUGAGUGCGUUAUGUCCCCUCCUGUCGGGAAAUUGAAACAGAACGGAAGCCUGGCUCCCGGCCUGUCGUCUCCGGCUCUCCGAAAGCACGAGAGCCCCGUGGUGUCGACCGAAAGCCGCCUGCCCGGCCAGUCCCAGGGCUCUGGCUCCUCUCCUGACGCUGGCAUUCACAGUGCAGAGGAAAACGUUACCCCUGACGUCAAGUCGCAGUUCAGGUCCAAGUACUACACAUGCCCACCUUCAGCUGGCUCCUUGAAGCACCUGCACCGAACGCCACCAGCCAGGACCAAGAAUAUCGUUGUGAGCAACCCCUUUGAUGUCGGCAUUGCAGAUCGCUUGCCGUUUCCCAUGUACAGCCCGUCUGUUUUUGCAAGAGUGGUCAGUCCCAGUCAAGAUAGUCCCACAUUCCGAUGGACCAUUGAAGACAUAUCCCGCAUCUAUCCAGCUGAUAUUGAAGAAUUCCCAGCCAAUCAGUUCGAAGAAGUUGUUGAUCCUGAUCUGGAAUCAAAAGCACAAGAAGCAAUUAACAGGUUCUUUUGCAAAAAUCAACCAUUGUUACCCAGUCCAUGGCCAAAGCCAGACGUUACAGCUACUUUACGACAAGAAGUAAAUGCCGGAACCCCGUCAGGCCUGCAUGCCAGUGCCACUCCCUCUCAUGCAAUUAACCAACGUGCUGACAUAGACUCAGACCUAGAACAGAGUGGAGUAUCGCAAAAGAACCCUUCCAGAGAAGUAUGGACACAGACAACUUUAACACUACCACCAGUACUGCCACCAAGCAUGGAGCUUGCUUUGAAGCCAUUUUUCACAUUCACUAUGGAUCAACAGCAAGCUCAACAGAAUACUGAAGGCGAUGAAGGUGUCAUGAGUAACUCAUCCCUUCGCCGUAAGCUGUUUUUCCAGUCAGAUUCAUCACCCUCACCAACCCCAUCUACACCUCCACAGCCUCCUAAUUUCCAGAUAUUACACGGACCUGCAAGUCACUCAUUGGUGCAGUUUCAAGGACGUAGUUUUGGCACUCCUCUACCGGGAAGCAGUGCACUCCAGUCUCCACCAGGAAUUUCACCUGUUCAUAGUGGGGGAACUCCUAUGAGAAGGGUAAAGUCGGCUACAAGACUCGAUUUCACACGAGAUCAGGAGGAAAUGUCACUGGAUGCAUCAAUACAAAACACCCCUGGCACACCCAGACAAGCUCCAAUCACCGCUCCAGUUGGCUCCUGUUCUCCUCUUGGCACAGCCCCACUUCAUGAUAAAGAGACCCCUGGUGACCAUGCGGAUCUACAACCAGGUGUGAAAUGGGCCAAACGGAACAAACGGAAUUCGCUCAAUUGCUCUUCAGAAGCUAUGUCCAUAUCUCAAACAUCUACUCCGGUGAAGAACAAUCCAGCGAUGGAUGUUUCCUCUGCUCACAAUAUGAUGGACAUUUCACAAAGUAAACCAGCGAACAUCACAGAAAGCUGGAGAGAAAGUGAAUCCAUGGUGGAUGCUGCUUACCAGCACGAUGUGAAUAGUUUUUCAUACUCUCAGCAAGCAGUGUCUUCUAAUAUGAUCUCACAAGACACUGGCUAUGCCACAAGAUCAAGUUGCGACCCUGCAGCUUUCCAAAGUGGAACAAACUCCAUAUUUGGGCUGUCACUUACAAGAGAUAAAAUGGGCUAUGAGGAUAGCUUAGCAACAUGGCCCAUCAAUCCUAAUGUAGUUUCAUCAACACCAACUAAAACCCUUGGUGCAAGAAUUUCUGAUUACCAGCGUGAUACUGCCUAAAGCCUCAUAUUAGCUGUGAAUUAAAAACUGUAUUUUUGUAUUGUCAGAUUCAGGUGAUUACAAAUGGAAUGAAACAUUCUGAUGUCCAGACCUCUAAAUUUUUUAGAGUUGAUGAACAAAUACAUUUUAAUGUAUUUAUAAUUUGACCAUGCUGCAGGAUUAUUUAUGAAUUAUCUUGCUUGUAGAGUUUUUAAGGAAAAUGAAAAUAUUAUAAAUUAAUGAAUGAUUGAGAGAGAGUUGGAAGUCAUUUCAAGAUAGAAAGCUUAAGAGUAUGUUAUUGAUAAAAUUGUAUUUUUUUUUCCUUCUAUUAAUUUCUGUGUAAUCUAUUGAUUUUUGUCAGCUGUUACAACCUCUUCAGAUCCAUCAUUCUCCUGAGUCUGCUGCAAUUUUAUCACUUGAUUCUUGUACUUCUAACUACAAUCUAUAAAAAUAUCAUCGUCAUGGCAAGAUAUGCGGUUAGUGUAUGUUAUCUGCUUAACUUAAAUGUUUUCUCACAAUUUCCAACUGUCUCUGUUAUUUCUUUGCUUGCAUGAAUAUGGAAUGUUAUGUUUUUGUGUUUUUAUGGUUGGGAUAUUUUAAACCUAACUUAAACUAGUAUGAUGAUGAAGAAUUCCGAUCAAUGUAAUCACAGACGAAAUUUUGAUAGUCUAUAUUUUCUGUGGUGCAUGCGUUCUUUUUCUUGGAUGAAAAUUGACUACAGGAGUUAUCUCCCUGUAAUUACGUUCUGUUAAUUUCCCUUGGGCUUUGCUUAGAUAUUGAUUUUGUGCUCUAUGUGAAGACAUGGUUACCAUUGUGAAGCUAGCAUCAAUCUCAUACAUUGUAGUCAAUUAUUUAUUGUUUCUCAAAUGUAUGAUUUGCAACUUGUUGUUUCCAUGCACAAUUUUGUUUCUAGGUUUUAAGUUUUGUUUUCCUUGUGAUCAGUACAUUGUUUUUAGGAAGUGAUCAUGUGUGCUGCCUGCUUGAGAGCUAUACGGAAGUUUAAGUUGCCGCUGAAGAUUGGAACUUUAUAAUCCCAUGCCCCCACUCUCGUAAAAAUAGCAGCACAUUCAACACAUGUUGAUUAGUGAAUCACGUAAUUACCUGUGACUCAAUCUUAGCUUGGCUCAUUUGUUGUUGCAUUUUUGUCAAAGGACAUUAAAAUUUACAUGGAUUUCAAAGUUAUACAAAAAUUGAAACCAAGCUACCCUGUCUACUUGUGUUGUUGGAUGGAUUUUAUUGUAAUAACAUGUUAUGAUCUUGUAUGUUGUGUUGUUCUUUUUUUUUUGUGUGUGAGAAGUGAAUGCUUUAUUGUGUGAUUUUAUGUUCAUGUUAUAAAAGACUGAAUUACGUUGCAAGAAGAGAAAAUAAAUUGUGAAUUCUCAGUAUUUUGUA